GAAGAAGAGCGAGGGCUGGCAGGACUUUAACUCCGACCACUGGAGAUAAACAAAGGGAUUAAACAAGUCCGAGUCGAGCUGGAAUGGACGUCGCCGUAGAGUUGGAUUAUUUUGAUUAUCCUAGUUUGUAGUGCAAGGUGGCAGGUCCAGCUGGGUCAGCAGCAGAGCUCUCUCCCAUGGCGCCAGGAGGACACUAGUGGACUGUUGCACUGGACGCAUUACAAAGAAAACGUCCUGCAGAUCUUCUUUAGUGCUUAAUCCAAGGCAUAUGUUUGUGAUUCAUGGAUCCAGCUGUUGUGGACGGUCCUGUUACUCUUGUGAUCAGAUCUCCCAACCAGAAGUACGAUGAUCAGACCAUCAACUGUUGCCAAGACUGGACCGUGGAGAAACUCAAAGCCCACCUGUCCGACGUGUAUCCAAGUAAACCCAGCUCCAAAGACCAGAGGCUGGUAUAUUCUGGAAAAUUGCUUUUGGAUCACUUUACCUUGAAAGAUGUGCUUAGGAAGCAGGAUGAGUAUCAUAUGCUCCAUCUGGUCUGCGCCUCUCGAACUCCUCCCAGCUCUCCAAAACCAGCCCGUAACCGCGGUAACAAGUCUCAGGAGAGAGCCGGUCCCACGACUCCUCAAAACUCCAGUAACUCUGGUCAAGACGGUCCGUCGUCACCAGGAGAGAACAGCGAAGGGCUCAGGCAACGAGUUGGUCCCUUUCCGUACAACCAGCCUUAUCCACAAUUUAUGCAAAACUGGACUCAGUUCUCACAGUCUGCACUUCCCACCAACAUGCCCGCUUAUUACAACCCCAUGACCUUAAUGUGGUGGCAGCAGCAGUACGCCCGCCAAUACUACAUGCAUUAUUACCUGCUGGCUGCAGCCGCUCAGAACCUGAGACCGGACCAGACCGGCUCCCCGUCCAACCCGUCCGACCCCCUGAGCCGGCGACCCCAGGGGGGUCGUCACGGCAACCCGGAGGUCCAGAUGAACGCCCAGGGGGGGGAGAUCCUGAACGAGGAGGAGCUCAACCGGGACUGGCUGGACUGGGUUUACAUAUUCUCGCGCGCGGCCAUCUUACUCAGUAUAGUCUACUUUUACUCGUCCUUCAGCCGCUUCGUCAUGGUGAUGAUGGCCAUGCUGGUGCUCUACCUGCACCAGGCCGGUUGGUUUCCCUUUAAUCUAGAAAACGAACUGCAGCUUCCUGGAGACCAAGCAAAUCAGGAUGAUCUGGAGGGAGAACUACAAAACCAGGACUUCCAUGAGAUGGAAGGAGUAAACGAGGACACGUCAGACGAGGACGGGGACAGCGGAGAGGAGGGAGUAGAGGAUCCUAACAGCGCCCCCCAGGCAGGGUUCUUCUCCUCCACCUGGUCCUUCAUCAUCACCUUCUUCAUGUCUCUCAUCCCGGAGGGGCCGCCCAACGCCGCUAACUGAGCAUCAGAACCACGCGCUGCCACGAUUCUCCCCCAGGACCGGUCCUGUCUGUGAGGAGGAGGUGAACGUCCUUCCUGCUGGAGGGAGCAGUGUUAUCCAGACCACUAGUCUGCUGUUUGAGCCAAAACACAGACGACUAUCAGAGACAAACUGUCUUUUUAUAUAUUUUUCUUGGAUUCAAAUUGUCAAAUGACAAAAAUAUUAGUUUAACUUCUAUGUACCAAUAUUAUUAGCGAUGCCUUGCAAAUGUAAAAUCAGCAGGGCGGAUUAAUCGUGAAAAAUAAUUCAGCACUACUCGUCUUUGACGGCUUGAAUCUGUUUUUUUUUUUCUUUCUCCAGAAGCAGCAAAAUGUGUUGAAAUACAAAUGCUUGAAUUGUAUAUUGUAUUUGUAACGGUGGUUCUAGUCAGACCUUUGUUAAAAACACUUUAGGACAAAAGUUGAAUACCGCAUAAAUAGUUGUGAAAAACUAGCAUUUACAUUAACUUUUGUCAGUGACUUCUGGUCUGAAAAUGGAUCGCGUGAAUCUGAACCAUCGGUGUUCCAGUGAUUUGCAUCCCAGUGUGAUGUUGCUUACAGAGAUCCUUUUUUUUUUUUCUUCAUUUUUACAAAAUUCAAACAGUACUAUAUCCUUUGCUACAGUCUGGGAGAGCUGCUUGAGAUGGACGAACAUUGAGAGGACAAUUUUUACAAACUUUAAGUGAUGCACUGCCAAUCUGCAGAGUUCAUGUAGGACGAAUGAUCCACCUGUUAACACGGAGAACCAGGAGUUAUAUCACAUUAUUAAAACUAUCCAGUGUAUCGUUGUCUUGUGAUUUUUAGACUGGUCAAUGAACCAUUCUUUUGUGCAAACAUGCUGUUGGAAGAGUUUCUAAGUUAAAAGGAAAUGAUGCAAGACUGUUAAACUGUACAGGACUGUCUCAGAAAAUUAGAAUAGUGAUUUUCUGUAAUGCAAUUACAAAAAA